CGUUUCUGUCUUUUUUUAAAGGAAUAAGGGAAUUGCAUGGUCUCUACCAAGAUCAUAAAAACCAUUAUUAGUUGGAAAGAAACUCUAUGGCUCUUUCAUUAUUAGUUGUGAUUAAUGUACUGUUUCAUUUUCUGCUACUAUCUCAUCAACUUGUUAAUUCUAUGCAGCCUUCUUGCCAUGAUGAGGAGAGAAAUGCUUUGAUACAAUUCAACAAAAGCUUUAAAUUAGAUUGUCAGAGUAGACAUGAUCCCUAUUUUCCUGUAGUUGCUGUCCAUCCAAAGACAUCGUCUUGGGGAUCGAAUAAUGGUACCAACUGCUGCUCGUGGGAUGGUGUCGACUGUGAUGUGGAGACUGGUCAUGUCAUUGGUCUUUACCUCAAUAGUUCAUGUCUCUACGGCUCUUUCCACUCCAACAACACUAUCUUUCAGCUUGUUCAUCUUCAGGAGCUUCAUCUUAGUUAUAAUAACUUUACUUUCUCACCAAUUCCCACUGCCAUGGGCUUUUUUCCGGAGUUGAAAAUUCUUCACUUGCGUUCAUCAUUCUUCCAAGGUCAGAUUCCAUCUCAACUUUCACUUUUGUCUAAGUUGUCUGUCCUUGACCUGUCAUAUAACACUGGUGGUAACGAUCCAGCUGUAGUUGUGAAUCUUUUGAAACUUAAAAAUCCCAAUCUUGGAAGCCUAGUCCAAAACUUGACUGCUUUGGACACUUUGUCUCUAAACUAUGUGGACAUGGGUUAUGAACUAGGUGAUUCCUUUGCAAAUUUGACUUCUUUGAAAAAUCUUGGUCUAGGAGGUUGUGGAUUGUAUGGGCCUAUUCCAUCUUCACUUGGUGAAUUAACCCAGCUUUCUAUUCUAAAUCUCCAAGAAAAUGAUUUCACUGGGUACAUCCCAUCUUUUAUUCAAAACCUCACCCUACUUUCCAUCAUAAAAUUAGAUAACAAUCAAAUUUCAGGGCCAAUCCCUUCUUGGUUUGGCAAUCUUACUGCAAUACAAGCGAUAUAUUUUUAUUCAAACAACUUGAUUCGUUCAAUUCCGCCAUCCUUGUUCAAACUCAAUAAUCUUGUAACUCUCGAACUCUCGCAAAAUAGUUUGAGUGGUACAUUGCAGUUAGAUUCAUUUCUUAAACUGAGAAAUCUCACUGUCCUUAAUCUAAGCGACAACAUGAUUUCAUUACAUAUUGAAGAACGAGAAAGAGAUCCUAACACCACACUUUCAAAUUUCAAUUUUCUAUCGUUGGCCUCUUGCAACUUGAGCAAGUUUCCCGAAUUUAUUGGUAAUCAAGCUAAUCUCGAAGUGUUGGACCUUUCCAGUAACAAUAUAUAUGGCCAAAUUCCCCAAAAUCUAAUGAACUCAAGUCUUAAACGCUUGGAAGGGAUAGAUAUAUCCAACAACUUGAUAACAGGGUUUCAUAACCAUCAAACCAUUCUACCUUGGUCUAGUCUGCGUUUUUUAGAAAUCCAAUGUAACUUGUUGGAAGGACAACUGCCAAUUCCUCCAUCAUCUGUCACACAUUACGAUGCCUCUGACAAUAUUCUAAGUGGUGAAAUUCCCAAGUCGAUAUGUAAUUUGAGUUCAAUUUUGAUCCUUGAUUUGUCAAACAAUAACUUGAGUGGGGAGUUUCCUCGUUGUUCAAGCGGUAUGAUCAGUGGCUCUAUAAUAGCUUUGAAUUUGAGAAACAACUCUUUCCAUGGCACCAUUCCUCUUGAAUGUCAGCAGCAGGAAAGUGAUUUGAGGAUGGUGGACUUCAGUCACAAUAAUUUUCAGGGAAAACUUCAACGACCAUUUGCAACAUGUGUGAAUCUUGAGUUUCUUGACUUUUCUUACAAUCAAAUCAGUGAUGUGUUCCCCACUUGGCUUGGGAGGUUUCCUAUGUUAAAAGUUGUUUUAAUGAGGGAGAACAAAUUUCAUGGAGUCAUAGGGAAACCUGAAUACACUAAGGGUGAGUUUCCAAUGCUACAAAUUAUUGAUGUGUCUCACAAUUAUUUCACAGGGGCAUUGCCUUCUGAAUAUAUGCUCUUAUGGGAUGCUAUGAAAGCUUUUAAGGUGAGCAACUUGAAAUACAUGAACGCAUGGGAAAAUGUCACCUUUAACACGAGUGGUAUUGAUAUUGGAACCCAUUUGUAUAAUUAUUCAUCAACAUUUUUAUUGAAAAGUGUGGAAACAAGCUAUGGGAAAAUCCCAGUAAAUCUAGCAGUCAUUGACCUAUCGAGCAACAAUUUCAGUGGUCAGAUUCCUGAGUCCGUUGGAAGCCUCAAGGCUCUCUACUCACUCAACCUUUCAAACAAUGCGCUCACAGGUCACAUUCCAUCAUCGUUGGGGACAUUAACAGAACUGGAAUCAUUAGACCUUUCUCAAAACCAACUGUCGGGAAAGAUUCCUCAGCAACUAGCAGAGCUAAAAUUCCUCCAAAAGUUUGAUGUCUCUUAUAACAAUCUCACAGGUCCUAUACCACAUGAGAACCAGUUCCACACGUUCGAGAAUACCUCAUUUGAGGGUAAUCAAGGACUGUGUGGAGAUCCAUUGUGGAAGAAAUGUGAAAACUGGCUGCUCCCACCAUCAUCUGCUUUAAACAAAGAUGCUGAUUCUAAUUUUUCCAUUGAACUAGACUGGAAAUUCGCUUUGGCUGGACUUGUUAGCGGGCUUGUUAUUGGACUCUCUCUUGGGGAGAUGGUGAUCCCAAGGACGCGGUUGGCAUGGUUGAUUUACUUCUCUAGAACAAGAUUGGCGGAGCUGAUGAUCAGAAACUAAUUAAGUGUGUAUGUAUCCACAAUAGUUGUUGUUCCUAUAUUAUUUCUUCUGCUAUAUAAGUACUACUGUACAACUAAUAAACAUAUUGGUGUGUUUUUCUUUUGUAUAAAUUAAAUUAUGUCCUUCUUCCUAUACCCAACUUUUUGAAUGGUGACAAAAUGUUUAAAUCUCAUGAUCGUGACAAGAUGUAACAUAUAUCAUUAUAUAAGAACCACAUUUUCUUUUUCCAAA